AAAUGUCCCAAUAACAUAUAAGCAAUUUAUCUUAUAGAAAGGAAUUUAGAAGAAAACGUGAAAACGUGAAAAAAUGCAGAGGAUAACUUCACUCUUAUUCCUUGUUAGCUUAUUUAUCAUGUUUACCUCAGUUGUGAAUCAGAGUAGAACAGAUACAUGCAGCGAGACUCUAGGUCCCUGUGAAAACUGUGACCAGAAAUGCCUGGCCAAAUACGGGCCAUCGGUCCAAACCCAUUGUAUCGGUCCUGGUGGUGGAUUAUGCACGUGCGUCUUCCAUUGUAGACCAUCUAUACCGCUCAAGGUGUGCCCUGGUGCGAUGGGUCUGUGCACUGAUACUUGUUCUAGUAAAUGUUGUAAUUGGAAUUGCUCAAAAAAGUAUUAUGCUGGACGUGGAUCUUGUCUCCUGCUUGGUGAUUUUAAUGUGUGCCAAUGCGAGUACACUUGCUAGAGUCGGCUGAUGAAAUUGUAAACCAAAUGGUCUGCUUUUAUUAUUGUAACUAUAA